GGAAUUUUCAUUUUCAAAUGAAUUCGUGUUGUGUAUUUUUAUUAACAAUUAUUCAAGUACAAUGGACCAACAAUUGACUGUGCCUAAUACUGUUAAACAAUUUCAAAGCUUAGAGAAAUCAGCAGCGAAAAUUCGCCUGCUGGAUUUGAACCGAAUAAUUGAAAAACCAUCAUUGAAACAGUAUGAUCAAUCGUCCCGUAAAAUUGUCGAUAUCGAUUGUCAAACAGGAUGUACAACCGCUUCAUUGGUCGCAUCAUUCCCAUCCGCAUUUGUAAUGGGAAUUGAUUCCGAUGAAAAUAUGAUUCAUUACGCCCAAAAUCAUUAUAAACAAUCUGGCCAUUUCAUCAAGGCAGAUGUUCGUAAGUCGGAUUUCAGCCAACCUCUUAAACAUUAUGCUGGCGAACCGUUUGCCGAUUUGGUCACUGCCAUCCAUUCGUUUCAAAUGAUGGAUCCAAAUAUCGAAACUAUAUUGGCCAAUUUGAAUUCUAUUCUAAAACCAGAUGGCAUAUUAUGCGCGACAUUUUCAUUCUGGAGUGAUCUGUUUCGCAUAGGAAAUGAAGUCUUCCUGUCCGACGAUAUGUCGUUGCGGUUAUCAGAUGAAUCGGCGUAUAAAUUUACCAAACCAGAUUGGCCUAAAGAAAUGGAUAAAUUGAAGCAAUUGCUAGCCAAAUACAGAUUUCGUACAGACAACUUAUCCGUAAUGGAAUUGGUUGAACAACGAAUUGAGUUCGACACGUUGAAACGAAUACAAGAUUGUAUCCGUUUCAUUUAUCCAUUAACUCCAUUUGUGCCUGAAUCGAAACGUUUGAGAUUUUUCAGCAAAUUUUUCGACAAUGUUUAUGAUCAUUCAAUGUCAGAUGGUUGGCAACAGGAACAUGAAACAUAUCAUUUUCGUUACCAGUAUAUAUCGCUUCGUACCGCCAAAUAUGGGCCCGGUAAUCAAUAGAUAUUCUUGAUAAUGAAUGUUUGUAUGAUUAGAACAUUGUCUAGUUUUUUUUGUUUAUUUUCAAUGAACUAGCAUCAUUAAUUUUAAUACAAUUCAAA